AAAGUCUGACAAUAGCGGGUGAGGAAGUCAGUGAAAAGUAGAGAAGCAGCAGGUACAACCUCAGGUUAUACAACCACAGCAAUUAAAAAGAUGUUCCUACCAUCUCUUUCUUUCCUGUUAGCCAUUUUUGGGUUUGGAUGUUGUCUGGACAAUGGACUGAUGAAUAGACCUCCAAUGGGCUGGCUCGCAUGGGAACGCUUUCGCUGCAAUAUUGACUGCAAGAAAGAUCCGAAAAACUGCAUCAGUGAGCGACUAUUCAUGGACAUGGCUGACCGCUUGGCACAUGAUGGUUGGAAAGAACUUGGCUAUAAUUAUGUGAACAUUGAUGAUUGCUGGAUGGCAAAGAGAAGAGAUGCCAGUGGAAGGCUGGUGCCUGAUCCAGAAAGGUUUCCCAAUGGAAUCAAAGCUUUAGCAGAUUAUAUACAUUACAAGGGCCUGAAGCUUGGGAUCUACAGUGACCUUGGGGUCUAUACAUGUGGUGGAUACCCAGGCACCACACUGGACAAGAUUGAGAUUGAUGCCAAGACAUUUGCUGAGUGGGAGGUGGAUAUGCUAAAACUGGAUGGCUGUUACUCCAGCUCUGCAGAGAAAGCACAAGGAUACCCUAACAUGACAAUAGCACUUAAUGCAACAGGACGUCCCAUUGCCUAUUCAUGCAGCUGGCCAGCUUAUGAAGGAGGCCUUCCUCCCAAGGUGAACUACACAUUUCUAGGUGAUAUAUGUAAUCUUUGGCGUAACUAUGAUGAUAUUCAGGAUUCUUGGGACAGUGUUCUUGAGAUUAUUGAUUGGUUUUUUGGCAAUCAAGAUAAUUUACAACCAUUUGCUGGCCCAGGAAAGUGGAAUGAUCCUGAUAUGCUUAUUGUUGGAGACUUUAGCCUUAGUCGUGAAGAAUCCAAGUCUCAGAUGGCACUUUGGGCCAUUUUGGCCGCACCACUCUUCAUGUCAAAUGACCUGCGGACAAUCUCAAAGCAGGCCAAGGAGAUCCUUCAGAAUGAAAUGCUUAUCAAAAUCAACCAAGACCCUCUUGGAAUCCAGGGCAGAAGAAUACUAAAAGAAAAGUUUCAUAUUGAGGUCUACCUGCGCCCCUUAUCUAACUCUGCAACUGCUCUUGCAUUCUUUAGUCGAAGGACAGACAUGCCGUAUCACUACACUACAUCUCUGAAGAAGCUGAACUACACAGGGAACAGCGCUUAUGAGGCUCAUGAUGUUUACAAUAAGAAGACUGUCCACGUCCUCAAACUGGAAACAAAUUUUACAGUCACUGUAAACCCAAGUGGAAUUGUAAUGUGGUAUGUCUCUCCCAUAAAAGAUUUGGACCCCCCACACAAGGAUUUUCAGGCGUACUACCCAAAGAGGGGCGAAACUGAUCCAUAUUUCUUGUAAUGCUGAAGGAACUAAGAAACUAUGCAGUGACUUUCUUUAGUGUGGAAUUCAAAAAUGACUUUGUCCCUUCUUUGGGAAUCUACGGGUUUUAGUUGCACUAAAAAUGUAAAUCAUAAAAUUAGUAAACUACUCGGAAGCAGCACUAGGUUUGCUUACUAAGAUGUUUGAAAUGUUCAUAUUUUUCUCCUCUACAUUUUGUACCUUUGCACUUCUUGAUGUUGAAACUAUUUAAAUUGUCUUUUUUUUUCUUUUAAUUAACUAGGUCAUUCUUUAUACUUUGAAAUAUAACCUAGACCCCAUGUGAUAAAGUGUAAAUGGAGUACCAGUAAUUAAGUCCCAGUUUCAAGACAAUACUGGGACAUAAAGUUGAAUACUUUUUAAUAGUGGUUUUUUUUUGUUAAAGGAAACCAAAGUUGUUUCAAAAUGUGGGCUGCUAAAGGAUGUUGAAAUUGCUUACAGUUCUGCAUUAAGUGGGCCUAUUUGUCUUAUUGGUGGCUAACCUCUUACUCACUGCACAUGAGAUCCGAGCCAUUUUCCACGUGUAAGUCAUCAUAGUGGGGUCAGAAAGUGUAAAUGUCAUUAAAAUCUGCCAUGUGAUGACUAAA